GAUGAAGAUAUUCCUGUUGCUACCGCAAAGACCGUGGACUGGUUCUCUAGGCUGCGGCCUAUUGAACUUAAGAAGUUGGAUAAUAAUCAACUGUGGGUAUUGCGGAUGAUGCUCACGAGGCCAGAUAGGAAGGCAAGGCCCGUUUUGCGGGAAAAGGGUGGUGCGGAUGCGGUUGGCUUGUGGAGAAUGUUUGAGCCCGAUUUCGAGGGCCGGGGUGAACUUAUUGCAGUUGAGCUGAAGAAAGGCUUCAACCUUGAAAUUCUUAGCAACUUCCGCGUACCGUCGCGUGCGGUGCUGGAUGCCCCGGUGCCGGGAGACGCAAGAGGUAUCCUUGCGGAUUUGGGUAAGUUUGAGAAACGCAUCCCCAAAAAGACUGUGGAGAAGAAACUGGUGAAGAAAACCGUGCGGGGUCGUGGCAAGGGGAGUUCUGAAGGCUCAGUUGCCCCUUCUUUAGUUGCUGAAGCCGCAGGUACCUAUCGAUCUUGUUAUCGGGGAUAUACCGAUUACGUGGUAGUAUCUGACACCCUUGAGGGUUUGGGUGUUAUAGGUAGUGCUGCGGCUGCGGGUGGAACUGCUGUGGUUCCCCCCGUUGUUGGUGAGAAAAGAGGACCAGAGUAGAAGGCUGCUGGUGGUGGUGAACCGAAGCGUCGGAGACUGCAGACCAAGAGAGUUGCUCCGGCGCAAAAGAAACCUGCAGUUGCUGCUGAAUCCCGAGAUGCAGGGUAUUCUUUCUUUGACUUCCCUUCGUCUCCUCUGCAUACCGCUGCUGCGGGUGCGGGGGUAACGAAGGAGACUGUCGUGCCCAAGGAGCCUACGGCCUCUUUUGUUGGGCCGG